GAAGGUAGAGACUGUGGACUAGUUAAAUGGAUUGAUCCUGCUUGGCCCAAUACCCUUGAGAAUGCAUUGCACAAGUUAUGGUUGAUGUAUGAAGACAACAAGAGACAGAGGGCUGAGGACACUCUGAUGAAUUCUUUUGAAGUUCAUAACCUGACACAAGAGAAGAAAAAGCUGCAGGCCAGCUAUGAGAAGCUGGUUGAAGAUGUCAAUGCACUUGUGGAUGCCCAGCAACAUAGGGUAGAGAUAGAAAAGACAGAUGAUGAUACCAAGAAGUUGGAGGAGAAGUAUGAGAUGGUGAAGAACCUGGUAGCUGCUCAGGCCAGUGUCAUUAGGAACAUGAAGCUCAAGCUAGCUGAAGAGAGGAAGAACUUGCAGAUCCAAAUUGAUGAGCUGCAGAAGAGUGUUGAAGAGAGCAAUGUGAAGCUGCAUGAGAGUAAUGUGAAGCUGCAGGAGAGCAAUUUGAAGCUGCAGGGGAUAUCAAGGCCAUCCUAA